AUGGCAGAAACUGAAACACCAUUGAAACGCCUGAGAGAAGAAACAGAGGAGGAAGAGGAAAUUGAGGAAACAAAGCGCCAUAGACCAUACCAUGACUUAUUGUCUAUUCUGGAAGAUGAGGAAGAGGAGCCUCACCAGGAUGAUCUGUCUUCUCUUAUGACAACCCUCCAGCAAAAACUCUCCCCCUCAGAACCUCACUCUUUAUCUUCUUUACCCGAAACUACUGCUACUCCCUCAGAAACCGUUUCUAUCGAUCCCCCAACCACCAGUAUUGCCAAUAUUGACACCAGGUCCUUCAAGGAGGAGGGAGAACAGAAGGGGAGUACUAUUAUAAGACAUCUUCUUGAAGCAUCAAAUGACGAACUUGGAAUUCCAAAGACACAGAUCAGAUUGCAGACAAAGUAUGAAGACGAAGACAUCAGUGGAGGAGUAUACUCUGGUGGCAGUAAUAAUGGUGAAGAUGGAACAACGAUCUCCUUGUUUGAUUUUCCUGAUGGGUUGUGGGAUUUCGAAGACUUUGAUCAUGAAACUGCUUAA